UGUCUGUCUUUCUGGCUUUCUGUCUAUCUGUCUAUCUGUGUGUGUGUGUGAGUGAAGAGCAUUUUCAAGAGGAUAUCCAUUGCGAGGGUGUGCGUGUGUGUAUCGUGUCGGGUCAGUUGAGCGUUCAAGGACUUUUUCCAGUGCUGCGCCAACAACAAAAGCACCAACAAUAUGGGUGCAAUAUUAGCAACAAAAACAACAACAACAACAACAAAAAUAGCAGCAACAGCAACAACGAACGUGACAGAAACGUGCCCAUAGGAAAAGGCAUUGAAAAGCUCCAAAGAAAAUAUUCAAGUAUAUCCGAGAAAUAUUUCAAGAAAAUAUUGCAGUUGAAUCCUUCCGCCCGAGCAGCUACACUUAAUUAAACUGCUCCAUUUGCUCUUCCUGCUCGUGGACAUGCACUUCUGGAUAGACAAACGCUCGCAGCAGUGCGGCUUCGGACGCUCUCGUGUGGCUGCCUCGCUCUCCCAUGCCGGGAGCGGGCUCAGUUACGGCCAUCCGCCCAGGCGAGCCAAGUCCUCGAGCUGCAGCACCAUGCCACCCGUGCAUAGAUCCCUGCCACAGACGCCCUAUGACUGCCAUCAGCCGGGCACCAGUCGCCAGUCCCAGUCCCAGUCCCAGACACAAUCACAUUCACAGUCCCAUUCCCACUCCCAGUAUGUGAACAACAAUUCACUGCAUGGCCAGCAGCAACAGCAGCAGAUGAUGCAGCAACAUUCCACCAACAACAACAAUGUGAACAGCAGCCACUUGGCUGCUGGCACUGGAACUCCAACUGCCAGCAACAACAUCUCGAACAACAACGCGAGUGGCACGGCGUCUGCGGCGGCGGUGCUCACAGGAAGUGGAACCAUUGUGCCACUGGUGGCGCGUAGCUCGCGCUACCAUCCCAGGACACAGCAGCCAACGCAGCACCAGUACAGCUAUCACCAUCCACAGUUUGGGAACAUGGUGCCUGUCAGACACCACGAUACACAGCAGCAGCAGCAGCAAUCACAAUUGCAACAGUUGCAACAUUCCGGCGUCUAUGCCGAUGAUGCAUACAGCGCCUAUCACCACAAUCCCCAUCAGCAGCAGCAGCUGCAACAGCAGCAGCAGCAGCAGCAUCAUCAUCAUCAGCACAGCAGCAGUCACGCCCACAGUCAUCGACAAGCGAGCGCCUAUGCAACGCCACGUCGCCACAAUUCCAGCAGCAGCAUGAGGCAGCCAGCAGCUAGCGCAACAUCCGUCAUGGCAGCAGCACCAGUGGCCACUGCUGCCGCAACUUCCGCCCAGACGACACACACCAACCAGUUGCAGCAGCAGCAUCACGCGCUCCUGCAGCACGCAGACUCCCAGCUGCUGCCCAGCCACCUGAAGUGCGGCAUGUGCGCCUCCCUGGUGUUGGCGUCCGUCUUCGUGGCCGGCACCAAGUUCUACUUCGAUCACCAGGGCACUGGUCUGGAGGUGCUCAUCUUCUGCGCCUUCUCGGCCACCUUCUUCCUGGCCGCCUGCAUGGUCAGCCUCUGCCGCAUACCCAAGGGACUGCUGUCGAACCGUGGCGGGGCCAGAGCCACUGUGUGCCAUAGUCGCGGGGUUAACGCUGCUAUGCCCGGAGCAAGUGCAUCGGCAGCAGCUAGCUGCCUGCUGGAGAUGAGCGAUGUGCGGUAUCUGGAGGAGCGCCAGGUGACCACUGGGAGUGCGGCGACUGCCGGUCCGCCGCCCUACCAUAUAGCGAUCCUCCUGCCGGAGCAGACGGCCGCGAUGGGUAAGCAGAUGCCGAUGGAUGAGUCGCCGCCGCCGUCCUACGACAAGAUUCUAGUGUAGGCCUCGGGUAUCUAGGGAAGGCUUUCGAUGUCAGAGAAAGGAACCCAGAGCCCUGUAGUCCUGUAGUCCUGGAACCCUGAAACACCCACACAUACCACACCCAAUGCCAAGUACUUUUGCUCAGUAUUUUUCUAAAAAGUCCCCUUUAUAUAAACAUAUACAGAUGCAUAUACACAUAUACUAUAUCAGAUAUACACAUAUACUUAUUUAUGGAUAUGUACUUUUAAGCUCCGACUAAUAUUUUUACACUUUGACACUUUCUAAGUCCCGUGCCCCCAACCCCCAAACCGACCCAAACACACGAUCUUUCGACCCAAAGAUGUCUUCUUCUACUGUCAUUUUUGUUCUGUGAUAUGCUCAAGAGAAAGAGAUCGAAGAGAUCAAAGUACCACACACAUAUACAUAUAAAUAUAAAUAUAUAGCCACGAAACACGAAACACGAAACAAGCAACCAAAGCAACAAACCAAAGCAACGACAAAAGAAAUUAGAAAUACUCGUAGCAGGUGCCGUAGAUACUUACACAUCAAGCAGCAGCCGCAGCAGCAGUAUUAGUAGGAUUUUAAGUAAUUAAUUAACCAAUCACUUAUCAAAUAUGGGAUUAGU